AUACCUUUUAGGACUCUUGAAAGGUUUAAUCUUCUUCUGUAUUAAGAAAUUUAAUUUUGUGAUCGUGCGUGGAAUAAAAUUGAUGUGAAUAAUGAGGAAGGAGUUAGAUUUAUUCACUCUCAAGCAGAGAAUUUUCCUUGUGAAGCAAUUCUAUCAGGAAUUAGGGGAUUUUAAGUGCGUGAAGGAUAACUACGAAAACUACUAUGGAACCAGCAAUCCGGCUUUCUCGCGAAAUGUUCUCUGUGAGAUUAUCAGGAUAUUCGAACAAACAGGAAGUGUCUCGAAAGGUGAACAUGUGAGAUCUUCCCAUGCUAAGAAUUUAAAGGAUACGAGCAUUUUGCCGGAGUUCGGUAAGGACAGAGAUACAGCAAAAUGGGAUCUUUCUUCUUCAUCAAAUACCCCAUUUAAAUGCGAAGCCUGCAACCAAACAUUCCUCUAUUUUAAUAAUUUAAAGCGUCAUGUUUUGCAAUCCCAUGAGCUACAGGAUGUCUACAAAUGCGACAUUUGUCUCGUGGAUUUUCGCAGAAAGCACAAGUUGGUGGCUCACAUGAAGAGUCAUUCCGAUAGCAAGUCAUCAGAAAUUGCAAAUAACUACAAACAGUGUGAGGAAUGUGGGAAAUUAUGCUCAAUCUCAUCCUAUGAACUGCACACAAUGACUCAUCGUGCAGAUUGCCCACAAAAAUGCCAUAUUUGUGGCAAAAUUUACAAAUGGAAAUGUGGCUAUAUUUUGCACAUAAUGAAGCAUAAAGGUAUUGUAGAGGAAAAAACUUUGCCAAGCUGCGAUAUUUGUGGACUCCAAAUGGGCGGUGAAAGGACUCUCAAACUCCACAUGGAGAAAUUCCAUCCAGUUGGAAGUACAAAGCCAAUUAUUAUAAAUGUUCCAUAUCAGGAAAAUUUGACAAAAAUCAAUUUUAAAGAAGAAGAAGAGCCUGACUACAUGGACUAUGAGGACUACAUAGAUCAUCAGGAUGUACCACAUGGAGAAUCUGUUGUAGUUUUGCCGGUAAAUACCGCAAAAGAGGAAAAAAAAGCUGAUGAAUUGGAUGCUUUUAAGAUAGUUAAGGAAGAUAAAAGUGAUGACGAUUACUGGCCAUCUGAAGAUCUCUUCGGAGACGCCGAUCCCGCUGAUGAAAGUGAAAUUUACGAAUAUUACUACACACCACCACCAGUUGAUCAACUAUGUGAAAUAUGUGGGAAGGUUCUGAAGGGAAAAAAUACACUGAAAACUCACAUGAAAACUCAUGCAAGUAAUUGUGAUUACAAAUGUCCGUAUGAAGGAUGCAAUCGAUCAUUCAAAGGACCUGGAUCGUACAGUUGGCACAUAAAAGCCCAUGAAGCGAGCAAGGGCAAUAACUCUUACAAAUGCAGCCUCUGCCCUAAAUCCUACAUUUACAAUUAUUUGCUAAAGAAUCACAUAAUUUCAGCUCAUUCUGACCAAAUGUUCUCAUGUAAAUUCUGCAAGAGAGUCUUCACAGAGUCAAAAGAACUCAAUUCUCACCUCAUGGACUUUCACGAUAUGACAAAGGAUGAAAUUGAUGGCACAAACAUCCUAGAGGAAUGCCGAAAGCUUGGAAGGGAAACAAAGGUAAAGCCUCGACCCUUUAAGUGCAUUGUAUGCGGAAAGGGUUUCCAACAGAAUAAUUUAAUGAAGAAACACAUGAAGAGUCAUGAGAAAUCCGAUGAGGCACUAAUGUGUCCUGAGCCAGGCUGUGGGAAGUCCUUCCCAAUUCAGAAGUACCUCAGUUUGCACCUCCUUCGGCACACAAAUGUUCGAUAUAAAUGUGCCCAUUGUGACAAAGACUACAAGGAUCGUUCGCAAAUGAAGAGACAUAUAAAGAAGGAGCAUUUGAAAGAGGAACCAAGGUACAAAUGCAACGUUUGUUCUUUCGCUGCAUGGCAUUCAGACACUUAUCGAAGGCACAUGAAGCGUCACAACAUUGACGAUCCAUUCCCUCACACCAGGAAGUGGUCAAGAUGUGCCCCAAGUAGACACAAUGAAUAAAGAAAAUGUAAUAAAUAAUGAAAAAAAUGAAGAAAUAAAAUCCUCAAAAAAUAUUUAA